CAGCAGCUUAAAAGCACGCCCAGAAGGAGGGCCACAUCCCCAAUGUGACAGGACAGAGUGGAGCCCACACCGGAACUGUGAGUGGAGACUGUGAGGCACAUAAAGCCCAAACACUGGCUGGAGAGGCUUCUUGUCGUGCAGGGGCAGGUACAGGACACACGUGUUAGCCGUACAUGUGGCAGGCACUACUGUAGCACGAGUGGAUGGAGUAAUGGGGGGAUAAUAAAUAGAGGGAAAGCGUGCCUGCGGUGUUGGUAUGAAGCGACUCUGAGAUUUCAUCUGUCAAUGCAGGACGCUGUCCGGAGCGGCCGCUAGGGGGAGCGCUGUGUCGUGAACUGGCUGCCGGUAUUGCCUUUUGCUUAAGAAUCGGUGCCGUGUCCGUCCUGCUCGAGGCAAUCUGACAUGCGAGGGUGAGAGCGGGGCACCGUCCUGCACGAGGAUGUGGCUGAAACCUGAGGAGGUGCUGCUGAAGAACGCGCUGCGGCUGUGGGUAACUCAGAAGUCCAACGAGUACUUCAUUCUGCAGAAGCGACGUGGACAUGGGGACAGCACAGCCAAGUUCACUGGUCGACUGGUGGGAGCGCUGGAUGCUGUUUUGGAUUCCAGUGCCCGUGUUGCCCCAUUUCGCAUAUUACUUCAGGUCCCUGGAUCUCAGGUUUAUUCGGCCAUCGCUUGUGGUGAGUUAUUGAACGGAUCAGAAGUGUACUGGGCCAUAGCAAUUGGUGCCACAGUAGAAGAGAUCACUCAGCAUUGGGAAUGGCUGGAACAGAACUUGCUCCACACAUUAUCAGUGUUUGAUAAUAAAGAGGAUAUUUCCAACUUUGUCAAGGGCAAAGUAAAGGGCCUAAUUGCAGAGGAAACCAGCAGCAAGCUGGCAGAACAAGAAGAGGACCCUGAAAAAUUUCGUGAUGCUCUGGUGAAGUUUGAGAGCAGGUUCAACUUCCCAGAAGCAGAGAAACUGGUAACCUUCUACUCCUGCUGCUGCUGGAAGGGUCGGGUGCCACGGCAGGGCUGGCUCUAUUUAAGCAUCAACCAUAUCUGUUUUUAUUCCUUCUUUUUGGGAAAGGAAUUAAAGCUUGUUAUACCCUGGGUUGAUAUUCAAAAGCUUGAAAGAGCAUCCAAUGUUCUCAUGGCGGAUAUUAUCAUAGUCACCACACAUGAAAAGGAGAGAGAGUUUUCAAUGUUUCUGGAUAUCAACGAGGUCUUCCGGAUAAUGGAGCAGCUAGCAGAUGUGGCAGUAAGGCGGCUGUUGGAUAAUGAAGUAUUUGAGCUAGACCCAAAUCUGCAGGAGCCCACACAUAUAACUAAGAGAGAUCUGGAAGCCAGAGCACAGAAUGGGCAUUUUCAGGCCCUAUUUAAGCUCCCAAGGAAAGAGAAGCUUCGUGAAGUAGUAGAAUGUUGUCUCUGGACACCUUUCAUCCGCUGCCACACAGCAGGCAAGAUCUACACAUCUGAUCGCUACCUAUGCUUUGCCAGCAAGGAGGAUGGACUAUGUAAUGUGGUCAUUCCUCUAAAAGAGGUAGUAAGUGUGGAGAAAAUGGAAGACACCAGCCUUCUUCCCAAUCCCAUCAUUAUCAGCAUUCGGCAUCAGAUGGCUUUCCAAUUUAUAGAGCUGAAAGACAGAGAUAGUUUGGUUAAUGGCCUGCUGUACAGACUCCAGCAAAUCAGUGCCAGCAGCCUCUCUGCAAGGCAUAACGAUCUGAAGUUCAGAGGAGACUGCUUUGGUAAUAUGAACAUAAUGGUUAACCAAAGUGAAGAUGGAAAUGAAAAGGAGAAGCCAUCAUUGAAUGCAGAAGCACUGAUGGCUAUGUUUCAUCAAACAGGAACUGAGAGCCCGGACACUGGCAUGUCUAGGGAACAGAUUAAAGAGCGGUUAUGGAAUGACCAUUUUGCAGAAUAUGGGAGAAGCGUAUGCAUGUUCCGUACAGAAAAAAUCCAAAAGCUUGUUGCUAUGGGAAUACCCGAGUCACUCCGAGGAGAACUUUGGCUCAUUUUCUCUGAUGCAGUGACUGAGAUGGCAUCAUACCCAGGUUAUUAUGGUAGGCUUGUGGAGGAGUCAAUGGGUAAGUGCUGCUUGGCAAAUGAAGAGAUAGAACGGGAUCUUCACCGCUCCCUGCCAGAGCAUCCUGCCUUCCAAAAUGAGACUGGCAUUGCAGCUUUAAGAAGAGUUCUGACUGCUUAUGCAUACAGAAAUCCCAACAUAGGAUAUUGCCAGUCUAUGAACAUUUUGACUUCAGUCUUACUUCUGUAUGCCAAAGAAGAGGAGGCCUUUUGGUUGCUGGUUGCUGUAUGUGAAAGGAUGCUUCCUGAUUACUUUAAUCACAGAGUUAUUGGAGCUCAGGUUGACCAAUCAGUGUUUGAAGAACUAAUAAAAGAGCAACUUCCCGAGCUGGCUGAACAUAUCACAGAUUUAUCUACACUAGCUUCAAUAUCUUUGUCAUGGUUCCUCACCCUCUUCAUAAGCAUUAUGCCUCUCCAAAGUGCUGUGAAUGUUGUGGACUGUUUCUUUUACGAUGGCAUCAAAGCCAUAUUCCAAAUUGGACUAGCAAUUCUGGAAGCCACUGCAGUAGAACUCUGCAACAGUAAAGAUGAUGGGCAGGCUCUCAUGAUCUUGAGCAGGUUUUUGGAACAUGUUAAAAAUGAAGAAAGUCCUCUACCACCCAUCGGCAACUUGCACAGUUUACUUAACAAUGAGCAAGAAGUUUACCCAGUGACUGACAUAGCUGACCUGAUUCGGGAUUCCUAUGAGAAAUUUGGCAAUAACUCCGUGGAACAGAUUGAGCACUUACGCUGUAAGCACAGGAUUCGUGUACUGCAGAACCAUGAGGAAACUACUAAGCAGAAUGUGCUCAGAGUUGUUGCUCCUGAUGUAUCAUUUGUCCAUGAAGAAUUAGCAGACCUUUAUGAUAUGUACAAGAGAGCGCAUUUGAUUAGCUGUUAUUGGGAAGGAAUAUCUUCUAUACUUGAACGCCAUGACCCAAGCAGGCCGUAUGCACAGCAGUACAAGAUUGACAGCCAGCAGUUCAAAAAUCUCUUCAGGCUCUGUUCCCCUUGGACAUGUGAAGCUCACACUGAGGUUCUGGCAGAAAGGAUAUUCCGUCUGCUGGAUGAGAAUUUAGAUGGCCUGAUUGAGUUCAAAGCCUUUGCAUGUUGCUUAGAUAUUAUGUAUUAUGGGGAGAUGAAUGAAAAGAUCAAGUUCUUAUACAAACUUCAUAUCCCGCCAGCUCUCACAGAGAAUGACCAGGACUGCCAGUCACCUCUGAAGGGCCCACUUCUGUCGACAACCAGGCCUCUGAAGAUCUCCAAAGCAAAUGGAGAAAAGAAAGAUUAUCAAAAACAGCUAAAACAAAUGCUCAAAGAUUUGGCCAAAGAAAAGGAUAAGAAUGCAGAAAAGGAGCUGCCAAAGAUGACCCAGAGAGAGUUCAUUCAGUUCUGCAAAACUCUGUACAGCCUUUUCCACGAAGAUCCAGAGGAGAAUGAUUUGUACCAAUCCAUUGCCACAGUGACCACCCUCCUUUUGCAGAUUGGGGAGGUUGGGCUACGCAGUAGCAGCUCGGGAAGUACUUCCGAAGAAUUCCCCAGUGUUGACCAACAGAAUGACGCAUCCACCUCUGACCAGGACUCUGUGUUCUCAGAUCCAGUCAAGUCCCCAACCCAUUCUUCUCCAUCAUCAUCAUUAUCUUCUGAACCCGACUGGGUCAUUUCCUUUGAACACAUUCUGGCGUCUCUGUUGACAGAGCAGUCCUUGGUGAACUUUUUUGAGAAGCCUUUGGACCUAAAGGGUAAGCUAGAAGCCGUGAAACUAAAUCCAUACAGCCUAAAAACAAAUGGCAUGGGGAUUGUACCCUCUGGUCUUCACACUUAAUAAGCUGCAUCAAUGACUGAAUACAAUUUUUUUUUCCCUCUAAUUUGGUGGCAGUUGAUGUGGAAGAAGAAAUAGUUCACUUUACUGCACAGCCAAACACUGGCAGCAGCUGCAUUGUAGCAUGGGAAAGCUAAGGCAAACUCAAUUCGACUAUCCUCCUGCAUUAAUGUUGCAGGGUUUAAAAUAGGGGUACACCGUGGUGAUCAACCGAACUCAAAUCCUCCUGGAAGAUAAAACACCUACCGUCUGAGCAGCCCUUGAUGGUCAUAGAAACAAGAAGCUGCACUGAUUAUAUUGCUAUCCUGGCCAAUGUAUUGUUACAUUGUAUGGGAGACAGUGCUAAAAUCAAUGUAGCUUAACAUGGAUGAUUUAUCAAGUCAUUUAUAUCUGGUUAGAAAAGCUUUACAACAUUCUGAACUUGACCUGUUGCUUCAUACAUAAGUGUAAUAUACAAUUCCAGUAUUUUAAAAUGCUUCUUGCAUUAUGCAUUGGUCAGGAAUAUGGAAUGGGGUGAUUCCAGCUUUCUCUACUCUGUGAAUAACCAAAGCACACUGGAUAAUCUGUUACUUCCCUGUCUUUUUGACUGUGACUUUUUUGUGAAUCCUUUUAAAGGAACCUUCCCUAUCCUAUACUAGGCAGGACGCCGGCUGCUUUGUGAGAUGCUCCCAGCACUGGCAUGCCAACAUUUCUUACUGUAGGAAUAUGUUCCAAAGCCACCCUGAGGUUCCCUUGAAUGUCCUCUGUUUUGUAUGUAUGCGUUCUUUUCUUUGCACUACUAAUUAAGAUGUUUCAAUGCUGGAAAUUGAAACUUUUAUUAUAUUUGAUUCGCAUUGGAAUUUCUAUGUUGGUCAAGGUAAAAAAAAAAAUGUCAACGUUUGAAAUGCCUUGUGCUUUUCUUCUCGGUCCGUGCACUUUUCAAUAAAUAUGCUUUUGUUGUUUCCUUUUUA